GGGAGGGAUAACAAGAGAGCGCCACACACAACGAGCGAGGGAACCCCAUCAGCUGGAAGUCGAGUAAUAUUACAACUCCAACCACUUAAUCGAAUUCUAUUCCCAGGGCAAGAUAUUUUGCAAAUAAUUUCAACGCAGUAAGACCCUUUCAAGUCUUAACGUACGUGGACCUCAUCCAUCAAUAUCUGGACGCAUCAGCCAGGAUUUAUACUGUUGAUUAGGACGAGGUGUCGGGGAUUCAAAACUGGAGAGGAAAGCAUGGAGUAUUUCAUGGUACCAGCUCAGAAGGUGCCCUCCUUGCAACAUUUUAGAAAGACUGAGAAAGAGGUGAUCGGAGGACUGUGCAGUUUAGCAAACAUCCCCCUGACGCCAGAGACGGCACGGGAUCAGGAGCGGCGCAUCCGGCGUGAAAUUGCCAACAGUAACGAGCGCAGGCGUAUGCAGAGUAUCAAUUCCGGCUUCCAAUCACUCAAAACACUCAUCCCUCACAGUGAUGGAGAAAAACUUAGCAAGGCAGCCAUUCUACAGCAGACAACAGAUUAUAUCUUCUCUUUGGAGCAAGAAAAGACACGACUCCUUCAGCAGAACAACCAACUGAAGCGGUUCAUACAGGAGUUCACCGGCUCCUCCCCAAAAAGGAGACGUGCAGAGGAGAAAGAUGAAGGGAUUGGCUCUCCAGAUGCACUGGAGGAGGAGAAGAUGGAGGACCUACGCAGGGAGAUGAUUGAACUUCGACAGCAGUUGGACAAGGAGAGAUCAGUCCGUAUGAUGCUAGAAGAACAGAUCCGCUCUCUAGAUGCUCACCUGUACCCUGAGAAACUUAAGGCAAUUGCCCAGCAGGUGCAGGAGCAGCACGCACAGACUCAGACACUCCUACGACUGCAGCAACAACAACAAGAACCGAUAGAGAGAGAAAGCCACAGGGUUCGCAGUCCUCAGGUGUUGGCUCCAUCCACCCCUCCUGCACCAACCAAUCAUCCUACAGUUAUAGUCCCUGCCCCAGUUCUGCCGACUUCUUCUCACCAUGCCACCGUGGUAACCAUGGGACCUGCUUCUGUUAUAAACACAGCAUCUACGUCACGGCAGAAUCUCGACACCAUUGUGCAGGCCAUCCAGCACAUCGAGGGCACACAAGAAAGGACCAUAACCGAGGCGGAGCAGAGGAGAGCGGUGAUUGUAACGCCUGUGCGCCCGCUCUGCGAACCAGCAGAUUCUGAGACAACAUCUGACACUGAGGACCUGGAGGACAGCUUAUUGCCUUGAUCCACUCAAUCGAAAAAAUGGGUGAUGACUUCACAUGCCACCCAAUCGAUAGACAAAUACACUUGGACACAUACAGCUGGGUACGACAAAGUGAACACAUGGCCGCAAAGAUCUACUGCUGUGCUCCUCGCAUGUUGGGUGAAGACUAACAUACAUAUAAAUACCCAUGCUAAGUUUCCCAUGCUAGGAUACAUGAGUUCCAUAGAUUUCUGAGUUUCUAGAGGUAUAUAUCUCCUCUACAACAGGAGGCUAAAUGGACUCAUUAAAUGCUACAGUACACUGAACAUUCAGCCCCAGCACUCCCGGAACCUGCUGACACUCAAAAUAGUUUGAGGUGCGCAGAGUUUACUGACCCACAGCCCAUGGGCAGAUAUCUCUCAUAUUUUCUUCUCCUCUCAGCCCUGCUUUGCUUUCUCUCUCUUAUCAGUAAGAGGCUCUGUACAGCAUGACACUGUGAGCUCAUUACAUUUAAAAUACCAUUUGCUUCCAAAAGCAGGGGAAAUGUUUUUCAGUUAUUUCCAUUAUACUGGACCGGUUACUAAAGUACAGUCAUGUACAUAUUGUUUUUGAAUAAGUCAUCAGUGUUUAAGAGCAUGACUGGCCUCUAGAGGUCUUCUGUCGAUCAAACAGCAGCUGGAAUGUGCACUUAUUCUUUCUUUCUGACGCAUACUAUUUUGUUCACACUAUUCUGUGAAUGAAUGCUGCACUGGGCUGGGUUCCUAGUGUACACUCUUAUGGGUCAGGCACCACCUGGCAUCCCAAGAAAGUUUUGUAUUUGAUUCUGACCCUUAAGGCUAAUUUAUGGUUGUAUGUAGGCUCUACGCCGUUGGGCACAUUUACAUAUGUGCACUGGUGUGUCUGCGCAAUGCUAGCUGGGGAAAAAUAAACAAAGAUGGAAGACCAAACUUCCGAGACGACCAUGUUUGCAUAGAACUGUAAUUUGUUUGGCUUUUUUGUUGCUUGGAUUUUUUCAAAGUUACUAAGAAAUAGACACCUUACAAUAUGAUAACCCCGUUUUUGUAACCAAAAAAUCUUAAGGUGAUUUGCGAGGCAUCUUCUAGCCAACUGUCUAACAUGAGCAUGUUGGCUUACGUUAGCAAGCUAACUACCCAUAAAGCAGACAGCUUGCUAGCCAGGUUAAACAGCGGUCAACAAAUCAUAGCAGUUUGAUUAGUUGUUGACCUGUCAAUCUCUGUUAGCAAAGGCUUUUUCAACACCCCUGAAUGUCAGGCAAGCGGACCAAUCACAGUGGUUGUGGUCUGUGUCACUGCAACAUUUAAUUACAUCUCUGGGGAGGUGCACCUCAGGCUAUGGUGUAGGCUACGGCGUAGGGUGCAAGGCUACGCCGUACCUAUGGCGUAGAUUCAACGCAGAAGCAUAAAUCUGCCCUUUUCUGUUGUAUGUAUCCCGUUCAUUAUCAUUAUGUUAAAUUGAAUAAGCUAACAAGCAGGAGAUUCUGCCUGUAAGGCCUUUUGUAUUAUAGCAUGUGUAUGUUUCCUGCCUUUUGAGAAGGCACUCACUCAUGCAUACACAGGGGCAGAGGCACACGCUACCAUGGUUCUAUAAAAGUUGAGGUUGGCACUACUUUUACAUUCACAUUUCUGUAUGUGAACUUUUCUUGUAGGGCAUUAGUGGCCCUUUCAUUUAUAUAUUUUUGUUUUUCUCUUGGGCUCUUGAUUUUAUUUUUGUGUAUUGUGUGCAUUCUGUCUGAAGGAGGGCUAACAGUGUCCCCCGUAGUAUUGUUUACACGUGUGCUUAAGAGGGUAGAGCAGCAUUACACCAGCGCACUUUGCUCUAUGCACUCUACGUUCUGCUCUCUUGUAUGAAUGUUUCUCAAUGUUCAUGUUCCUCGAGUCCAUGCUUUUGCACAUGCCUCCCUCUUGAGCUCAAUGUGUAUUAUGAGGUGAGUGCUAAUCUUUGCCCUGAGAGGUUGUCAGUGGUGACCUGACUGAAAUCAUGCCCCACUGCAGCCUAACCAGCUCCUGGUGGGAAGACACAGACGCUAUCAGCCAUAUAUAACUAUUAUACACCCCUAAGAGGUGUGUGUGUGUGUGACAGUCAGUGUAAAAUAUAAUACGCAAAAGUGCUGAGGUGUUCAGAGGCCCCGGCCUUGACACAGCCCUGGGGUGAUUGUCGGGGGUUAUUCGGAAAAGAAAAGGGAGACAGACCUUUAUUGAUGAACUCUGAGGUUUCAUUUUUCAUUUCAAUAGGGCACUUAAUCAAUCCGUGUGAUUAAUCACAGUGACUUUCAAAUUAUUCCUCUCAUCAAAUUGAGGACACUUUAGAGUACAAGUUCCUUAUGGAAUGUCCCAUUCUGAUACUCGGAUGCAUUUGCAGACUUCAAAGACAGACACUCAGGACUGGACUAAUUUCAGUUAAUCUUCAGAAAAGGUGGUUCAGGGACAUCCCUACCCAUCUCCAACAUUCCAGACAACUCUAUUGGAAUUUUACAUUUGUGUGUAUGUAUUGAGUUUAACUUCAGACUGAUGUCCAUGUGUCUAGCUACGAGCAAAUGAAGGAAUUGGUCCUCUCAUGGUCAUGUUCUCAUGGAUGGAUCUCCAUGGUCCUUGAGCCUUCUGAUGUAAGCAGUGGCCUUGAGACCCACAGGGAGCCUCCAAAGGAGUUGUCCUUUAGGCCCUGCCAGUUUGCGGUGUUGAAGUACCAGAACCUUCAGACUUCAAUAUUUUGUAUGACAGACAUCAAAGUUGUUAUUAUGGAUUAUUAUGAUUACAAUGAAUUGUGCAACCAAGCUUGAAUUCCACAGCUGUGCUUGCUAGCAUCUCUGACGCUUUCAAUUGGUAAACAUCUCAUCUCACUCUUUAGACCAUUAGACAGUUUCCUGUGAUGUAUAUUUCUGGCCUCUGUUUUAAAUCUGUCAUGAACCCAGAGGAUGUAUCAAAUGAGUAGAUGUCUGCGUUGGGAUUGAAAUGAUUGAGUAAUAAUGAUCAAGCACUUACUGAAUCCUACAGAGGAGAGUCUUGCCUUUUUAGAGAUAUACCUUCGAAGAACCUCUUUUACUCUGAACAGAGACCACUGACCUGUGGGACCCUCCCCUCUGUCUUACAUAUAUCACACCUGUAUGUCUCCGUGAGAAGUGCUAGGCUUCUCAUCUCUUGUCAUCUCUCAAUCACCUACUCCCACUCAUCUUUUCUGUUGUUACCUUAGCUGUUUUCUUUUCAUUUGUUGGACAAUAUCUUUCAUUGAAGUCAAAGUAUGUUUUACUUUUUGAAUUGGUUUGUUCUCUUUUAACUGGGGAAAGAGGCUUGUGCCUUUGUAAAGACAUAAUAAUAAAGUUUGUACUUUGUUUUUUUACA